AUGGACAAUCCUGAACCGAGAGCCCCUAGGAGGAGGGCCGAACCAGGUCAGGCUGGUGCCAGAAGGAGAGCACCAGGGGAUCCUAGAUUGGACCAGAUCCUGCAGGCUUUACAGAUCUUAGUAGGGCAGCAAGCCCAGAAUCAAACUGCCGCUGCUGAGCCUGCACCUGUGCCUGCACCUACGCUUGUGCCUGUAGAUGUUCCGUUAGCUGGCAAUGGAAAUGGGAAUCAGCCUAUGCACAAGGAGUUGGAAAAGGUUUUUGCCUUAUUGAGAUGUACAGAUGAAGACAAGGUGACACUGGCAAUCUACCAAUUGCAAGGUAACGCCAGUACUUGGUGGGAAGCUACCCAGAGGAGGGUAUUUCCCGAAGGUACGGCCCGGGUGUGGGAUGCCUUUGUGGAAGCUUUUUACAAUAAGUACUUUUCAGACUGCGCUCGAGAGCAGAAGAUGAAUGAGUUUCAGCGUCUCCGACAGAACCAGUUGACGGUAGACCAGUACGAAGCAAGGUUUGCUGAGCUGUCCCAAUAUGCCCCAAGGUUGAUUGAAGACCCAGUUGAUAAGGCAAGGAGGUUUAGGGAUGGGUUGAAACCUGAGAUUAAGGACCAACUGGUGCCUCUGAAUCUAAAGAACUAUGAUGAGCUAUAUGAUAGGGCACAGCUGAUUGAGAGAAAUUUAGCUGAGAGGACAGUCGCGUCUGGAUCACGGUUUGUGCAAAACAAGGAUAAUCAUCGGUUUGGGAAGAGACCAAUGACAGGAGGUAAGUUCCCCAUCCCUCCUAGCAAGAAAGGCGGAGUGAAGAAGCCGGUGUCCAACAACAACAAUGGCUCCUGUCGCUUAUGUGGAAGGCGCCACGGAUCAGCUCCAUGUCUUGCUAGGACAGGUGCUUGCUUUGGUUGUGGCCAGCAUGGCCAUCAUAUCAGAGACUGUCCACGCCAAGACGCGGGAGCUCAAAGACCAAUGCAGCAGGUAGGACAACCUGCAAGUAGUGCCCCGCCGAACCAGUGGAACCGACCCCAAGUGCAAGGAAGGGUCUAUGCUGUCACAAGGAAGGAGGCGGAGGACUCGCCUGCCGUCAUUACAGGUACGGUUUCAUUACACGACCAUGCUGCCUAUGCUUUGUUUGAUCCUGGAGCUACGCAUUCAUUUGUGGCUAAGCAAUUUGUGGAAUUAGUGGGGUUAAGUCCGAAACCGCUGGGAGUGGUUUAUAAUAUUUCUACCCCUUUAAAGGAUAGUAUAGUGUCUGCAGUAGGCUGUACUGGUUGUAGAUUAUCUGUUGGUGGUCGUGAGGACAGCAUAGAUUUGAUUGUUUUGACGAUGUUCGACUUUGACGUGAUUAUUGGAAUGGAUUGGCUCACCAAGCAACGAGCCACGGUAAACUGCUAUCGUAAGACGAAACAGUUUGAGCCAGUAGGGAGUGUCGGUUUUGAGUUUGUCGGGAAUCGAGGAUGA